AUGUCGCAAAACGGCGCCCACGAGAUCGCGCCGGGCCACCUCGGCAACCUGACCGACGAGCAGGAGGACAAGCUGCGCCAGCUCUGGGCCUUCGGCUUCCAGGUGCUCGAGAUGUACGAGACGGAGGCGCGCAUCUACGAGGAGAAAAAGGCCCGCGGCGAGGCCGUCGAGCCGGCCGCCGCCGCCGCCGCCUCGCCCAAGCCUGCCUCUGGCGGAUGGGGCUUCUUCGGCAAGAAGAAGACGACGGAGCUCACGCACCCCAAGUUCCCCAACUGCGUCAAGGAGAUGCAGAAGCUGAUGCCCGACGACGAGCCGGACAAGGAGGAGCUGAUGAAGCUGGCGCUCGAGGCGCUGGAUCUGUACACGCCCGAGACGGCGCGCGCCAUCAUCGUCGAGGCCGUCAAGCACGAGCACCCGGACACGCUGGCGCUGCGCUUCCUGCGCGCCCGCAAGUGGAACCUGAUGCGCGCCGUCGUCAUGCUCGCCAAGUCGGUGCGCUGGCGCACCGAGGACAUGAAGGUCGACCGCGUGCUCAUGCGCCAGGGCGAGGGCCACGCGCUCGAGCAGGAGGUCAACGGCGCCGCCGGCAGCAAGGACAAGACGCUCGGCAAGGACUUUCUGAACCAGAUGCGCUGGGCCAAGAGCUUCCUGCACGGCGUGGAUCGGGAUGGACGGCCGGUGAAUUACAUCCGUGCCGCGAAGCAUCGCGCCUCGGAUCAGAGCGUGGAGAGCCUGGAAAGGUUUACCGUGUACAGCAUCGAGCUGGCGAGGCUGUCGCUGCAGGCGCCUGUUGAGAUGGGUACGACCGUGUUUGACCUGACGGGCUUUUCCCUCUCCAACAUGGACUACGUCCCCGUCAAGUUCCUGAUUCAGUGCCUCGAGGCCAACUACCCCGAGUCGCUGGGCUGCAUCCUGAUUCACAAUGCGCCAUGGGGCUUCAGCGGCGUCUACCGCAUCAUCGAGCGCUGGCUGGACCCCGUCGUCGCCUCCAAGGUGCACUUCACCUCUGGCGCCAAGGAGAUUAGCAAGUACAUUGCGCCCGAGCACCUCGUCGGCGACCUCGGCGGCACCGACCCCUGGGAGUACGAGUACGUGCCGCCCGUCGACGGCGAGAACGCCAAGAUGGAGGACACGGCCACGCGCGACAAGCUGCUCGCCCGCCGCAAGGAGCUCGCCGCGCUCUUCGAGGACAAGACCCGCGAGUGGGCCGCCGCGGCCACCACGGACAAGGCCAAGACGAGCGUCAUCAAGCACGAGCGCGACGAGCUCGCCAAGCAGCUGGCCGAGAACUUUUGGGAGCUCGACCCGUACCUGCGCGCGCGGUCGCUGUACGAUCGCCUCGGCGUCUUCCAGGGCAACGGCAAGGUGGACUGGGCGGCGGCGAAGCGCACGCAGGACGAGCUCAAGGCCAAAUAG